CUCCUUCUCGGCCCAAUCAGCACCCGCGCGUGGCCGUGCGCGUCGCCUUCCCUGCGGGAAGAGGAAGCGGCGCCAUCAAGAUGGCGGCGCUGGGACGGCUCUUUCUAACCACUUACAAUACAAGCCUGGUUGCUGUCAGAUGGGCUUCUAAGAAAAGUGGGGGCAGCUCGAAAAACCUAGGUGGCCGAAGCCCGGGGAAACGCUAUGGGUUCAAAAAAGUCGAAGGUGCAUUUGUCCAUGCAGGAAACAUUUUGGCUACACAGCGGUUGAUUCGCUGGCAUCCCGGCGCUCACGUGGGGAUGGGCCGUAACAAGACACUCUAUGCCCUGGAGGAUGGGAUUGUGAGAUACACCAAAGAGGUCUAUGUGCCCCCACCCCGCAGCAGCAAUAGCAGGGAUGUGAUCUGCCAGCUGCCCAAAGGAGCAGUCCUUUAUAAAACUUUUAUCAGUGUUGUUCCUACCACAGAGGUAGGAAACUUCAAACUCAUCACAAUGCUGUGAACCUGCCGUGUCAUGUGGGCACAGAGGAAAAGGACAGACCACUACAGUUAUACUGGCAUCUGAAGACAAGAGUGGCUCUGAAGAUACUGCUUUAGAACUUGGCUUUGCUCCUGAAGCACUUGUGAUCUGUGUUCAGGCACUGAGAUCACCUGCUGGCAUUUUAAAGAGUCUGUAAUAAAUGCUGUGGGGCAGCUGAAGGUGUUGGCUGCUCAUGGAAUGUGUUACCAUGGUCAUUUAGUAUCUGGAGAGCCUGUUCUGUUGUGCCACUGGAUAAAUUCCCUCUACAGUCA